CCUGCCAGCUGAGAAGGACAAAGGAAGGCAGCCACACAGGGCAGUGCUGUGUCCUUGCCCAUGGUCAAGGGAACUUUGUGCAGGAGCCAGCCUUCCUGGUUUCCCAUGAAGAGAGAAUGGACUCUGCUCUUGUCCAUGCUGCUCUUUGGCCUGGCUGGCCCCACACAUCUCUUCCAGCCAAGCCUCGUACUGGAUAUGGCCAAAGUCCUCUUAGAUAACUACUGCUUCCCGGAGAACCUGAUGGGGAUGGAGGAAGCCAUCAAGCAGGCCAUCAAAAGUGGUGAGAUCCUGGGCAUCUCAGAUCCUCAGACACUGGCCCAUGUCCUGACAGUCGGGGUGCAGAGCUCCUUGAAUGACCCUCAUCUGGUCAUCUCCUAUGAGCCCAGUGCCCUCACAGCUCCUCAGAAAAUCACAGCACUCACCAGCCUCACACAAGAGGAACUAUUUGCCCAGCUGCAAAAGGACAUCCACCACAACGUUCUGGAGAGCAAUGUGGGCUACUUGCGGGUGGAUGACAUACCAAGCCAGGAGGUGUUGAGCAAACUUGGGGACUUCCUGGUGGCCAAUAUCUGGAGGAAACUCCUGGGCACCUCCGCCUUGGUGCUAGACCUCAGACACUGCACUAGAGGCCAUGUUUCUGGUAUCCCCUAUGUCAUCUCCUACUUGCACCCAGGAAACACGGUCCUGCAUGUGGACACCAUCUAUAACCGCCCCUCCAAUACAACCACUGAGAUCUGGACCCUCCCCCAGGUCCUGGGAGAGAGGUAUAGUGCUGACAAGGAUGUUGUGGUCCUCACCAGUGGCCACACUGGAGGAGUGGCUGAGGACAUUGCUUACAUCCUCAAACAGAUGCGCAGGGCCACUGUGGUGGGUGAGCGGACCGUGGGGGGUGCCCUGGACCUCCAGAAACUGAGGAUAGGCCACUCUGAUUUUUUCCUCACUCUACCUGUGUCCAGGUCCUUGGGGCCCCUUGGUGGGGGCAGCCAGAUGUGGGAGGGCAGUGGGGUGCUUCCCUCUGUGGGGAUACCAGCUGAGCAGGCCCUAGAGAAGGCCCUGGCCAUUCUCACACUGCGCAGGGCCCUGCCAGAAGUCAUGCGGCACCUGCAGGAGGCCCUGCAGGACUACUACACCCUGGUGGACCACGUGCCUGCCCUCCUGCACCACCUGGCCAGCAUGGACUUCACCAUGGUGGUCUCUGAGGAGGAUCUGAUCACGAAGCUCAACGCUGAUUUGCAGGCUGUGUCUGAGGACCCUAGGCUCCUGGUACGGCCCAUCAGGCCCAAAGAAACCUCUUCUGGGCCUGAGGCUGGAGCCGAUGACCUACUAGAGGUAGCCCCAGCAAUGCCAGAGGAUGAGGUUGCCCGGCAGACCCUGGUGGACUCUGUGUUCCAGGUGUCAGUGCUGGCAGGCAAUGUGGGUUACCUGCGUUUUGACAGGUUUGCUGAUGCCUCUGUGCUCAGAGCACUAAGCCCAUACAUCCUACGCCAGGUGUGGGACCCUCUGCAGGACACAGAACACCUUAUCCUGGACCUGCGUCAGAACACUGGGGGGCCAUCCUCAGCUGUGCCCCUGCUGCUGUCCUACUUCCAGGGCCCUGAGGCCAGCCCUGUACACCUCUUCACCACCUAUGAUCGCCGCACCAAUGUCACCCAGGAGCACUUCAGCUGCACAGAGCUGCUGGGCCAGCGCUAUGGUUCCCAUCGCGGGGUAUACCUGCUCACCAGCCACCGCACUGCCACAGCUGCUGAGGAACUGGCCUUUCUCAUGCAGUCACUGGGCUGGGCCACGCUGGUGGGUGAGAUCACUGCCGGCAGCCUGCUUCACACCCACACAGUGCCCCUGCUGGAGACCUCAGAGGGUGGCCUGGCACUCAUAGUGCCUGUGCUCACCUUCAUCGACAACCAUGGUGAGUGCUGGCUUGGAGGCGGUGUGGUGCCUGAUGCCAUUGUACUGGCUGAGGAGGCCCUGGACAAAGCACUGGAGGUUCUGGAGUUCCACCGCAGCCUGGGAGCCUUGGUAAAGGGCACAGGACACCUGUUGGAGGCCCACUAUGCACGGCCAGAGGUUGUUGGGAGGAUAGGAGACCUGCUACGAGCCAAGCUGGCCCAGGGGGCAUACCGCACAGCCGUGGACCUAGAGUCACUGGCCUCCCAGCUCACGGCUGACCUGCAGGAGAUGUCUGGGGAUCACCGUCUGUUGGUGUUCCACAGCCCAGGUGAGCUGACAGCAGAUGAUGUGCCCCUGCCACCCCCUGCCAUUUUCUCUCCAGAGGAGCUCUCCUAUCUCAUUGAGGCCCUGUUCAAGACAGAAGUGCUCCCUGGCCUGCUGGGCUACUUGCGUUUUGAUGCCAUGGCUGAGCUGGAGACAGUAAAAGCCAUUGGGCCACAGUUGGUACAGCUGGUGUGGCAGAGGCUGGUGGACACAGCUGCACUGGUUGUCGAUCUGCGCUAUAACCCUGGCAGCUACUCCACGGCUGUGCCUCUGCUGUGCUCCUACUUUUUUGAGGCAGAGCCCCUCCAGCACCUCUACUCUGUCUUUGACAGGGCCACCUCGACGGUCACGGAGGUAUGGACCCUGCCUCAGUUGGCUGGUCAGCGCUAUAGCCCCCACAAGGACCUUUACAUCCUGAUGAGCCACACCAGUGGGUCAGCAGCUGAGGCUUUUGCUCACACCAUGCAGGACCUGCAGCGGGCCACAGUCAUCGGGGAGCCCACUGCUGGAGGGGCGCUUUCUGUGGGCAUCUACCAGGUGGGCAGCAGUCCCUUAUAUGCCUCCAUGCCCACACAGAUAGCCCUGAGUGCCAGCACAGGCACGGCCUGGGACCUGGCAGGGGUAGAGCCUGACAUCACAGUGCCCAUGAACGAAGCCCUCUCCACAGCCCAGGACAUAGUGGCCUUGCGUUCGAAGCUGCCCACUGUGCUACAGACAACUGGGAAGCUGGUUGCUGAUAACUAUGCCUCCCCUGAUAUAGGGGCCAGGAUGGCUGCCAAACUGAGUCCUCUGCAUAGCCACUACUCGAGGGUGACCUCUGAAGGGGCCUUGGCUGAGAUGCUGGGGGCUGACCUGCAGGUGCUUUCUGGGGAUCCACACUUGAAGGUAGCCCAUAUCCCUGAGGAUGCCAAGGACCGCAUUCCUGGGAUUGUGCCCAUGCAGAUCCCUUCCCCUGAAGUCUUUGAAGACCUGAUCAAGUUUUCCUUCCACACUAAUGUGCUUGAGGACAACAUUGGCUACUUGAGGUUUGACAUGUUUGGAGACUGUGAACUGCUCACCCAGGUGUCAGAGCUGCUGGUGGAACAUGUGUGGAAGAAGAUUGUGCACACAGAUGCCAUGAUUAUUGACAUGAGGUUCAACAUUGGCGGCCCCACAUCCUCCAUCUCUGCCCUGUGCUCUUAUUUCUUUGACAAAGGCCCUCCCAUUCUGCUGGACAAAAUCUACAGCCGGCCCAAUGACUCUGUCAGUGAGCUCUGGACACACACCCAGCUAGCAGGUGAACGCUACGGCUCCAAGAAGAGAGUGGUCAUUCUGACCAGCAGUGUAACGGCUGGCGCGGCGGAGGAAUUUACCUAUAUCAUGAAGAGGCUGGGCCGCGCUUUGGUCAUUGGGGAGGUCACCAAUGGGGGCUGCCAGCCUCCACAGACCUACCAUGUGGAUGACACACACCUCUAUAUCACCAUCCCCACAGCCCGUUCAGUGGGGGCUAUGGAUGGCAGCUCCUGGGAAGGGGUGGGCGUGGUGCCUCAUGUGGCUGUUCCUGCGGAGGCAGCCCUCACCAGAGCCAAAGAGAUGCUCCAGCACACUCUGGUGAGAGCGAGUUGGGGACGCGGCCAGCAGGGCCCCCUGGAGGACUUCCAUGGGCAGAGCCCUGUGGUAGGUGGGGCCUCUGGGCCACACACCAAGGGAGCUCAGGUAGCUGGUUUUGCCUAAGGUGCAGGAAAGGGGCCUGCUGAGCUCUGGUUAGGCUUAGAAUUGCAAGUACCCUUGGAGCUCAUCCACCCGGUCUUAUCACCACUGUCAUCAUCCUCUCUGUUUGGACACCUGGGGAGCUGACAUUCUCAGUAAUACUUGUUUUGCAGCAGUGCAGUCCAGAUCUACCCCCAGCCAUGCUUCUUAAUCGCCAGUUCCUGGUCAUGCUGUCAGCUAGAUAGCACAGUUCUGUCCAACUGAGUUAUAUGGUGAGUCACAGAUGCCAGAAACAUGUGUCAAUUUACAUUUUUCGUAGCCACAUUUAGAAAAGUAAAAAGAUGCAAGUGAAUUAAUUUCAACAAUAUAUCUUAUUUAACCCAUUAUAUUCACAGCAGUAUUGUUUCAACACAUACUCAAUAUAAAAAGUAUUACAAAUGAGAUGUUUCUGCACAAAGUCUUUGAAAUCUUACAGUACAUUCCCAUUCUUAAGUGCCACAUGUCUAGUGCUCAAUGGCCAUGUAUAGCUGGUGGCUACUGUGUGAGGCAGCACAGGUCCAGAGAUAAGGGCUCCCCACUCCCUAGAACACUGUCCUCACUCUGCCCUCCCUGCACCUGUAUCUCCCUUGUUAGAACAACUCUCCCAUUCUGUCCCAGACCAUCUCUGUCUCCACCAUGCAGCAUAACCCUUGGGGCAGGAGCUGUCCUACUCAGCUUCUUCUCCUCCUGCCUGUCACCUAUUUCGAUGCCUGGUGCCAGUGGUGGAUGCCUGUGAACAGAAGUGGAUUUUGGGCUGUAAGUUUUCAUUUUCCUCAGGUGGCAGCCCUCAAACACUUGAAGAAAAGCCCAGGUUCACUUAAAAUUCUCUCCUCCCUGUCCCAGCCACUUCCAAUUCAAUUCUACACAGCAAAUAUACCUUUCCUUCACAUGUACCUCCCAUGCCCUUAUUCUCCAGCUCUGCCAAGGUCCCAAAAGCUCAGGUGCCAUGCAGCAUCCUGACAUGCUAGGUUGCUGCUGAGGGGAAAGCAGCCCUAGGCAAUGGUCUGAGUACCUGCCCUUCUCAUCCAAGGGCAGCCUGUUACUGCCAUUUCUGGUGACCAGGCCCACUCUUAGCAGGGUGAGAAGCUUAUAGCAUGUAGACCCCAAUACAUCCUCCAAAGGGAAAACCUGGGAAAAUGAGGUCCCUGGGUGGUGUCCUGGGAGCCAUGUAACCCUGCUCCACUGGAGUCACUGAAGACCCAAAAGUGAGAGACCUUUAGGACCCUUCCAAAAGUCACAGUGGUAGUGAGGCCAGAAGAGCAGGGUGGACCCCAGCUCCAAGAUGUCUGAAUGAGGAUGAGUACUGGUGCCUUCAGGCCUUGCUGCCUUUUGAAUCCAGGCAACAUCUGCCACAGACCACUUCCCCCAGAGCAAUAGGCUGACUUUACUAGACAAUCUUGACUUCCCUGGACCCAAGAGGGCUGUGGAAUCUGGGCACACUGCUGGGCCACCACCAAUACCAAGGACUUUUGCUACUGGGAAACUUUGAAACAUCUCUGUCCAAACAGGACAGUCCAAAUGAAAGGCAAGAUUUUACCCCUUUUCCUUCUGCUAAAUUGAAAUAAGAUUAAGUGCAUGAUUGAAUUUUAGUAGUAUUGUAUACUGUGAUCUCACCUUUUUCUUCAUUAGCCCUAUUAAUGUUCAGGCAAAUAUGUGGCUCCUGAUAUGCUUACAUUCUUGGGUUCUACCUUUUCCCGCCUCUCUUCCUUCU